ACACGGUGACGAUGUUGUGGUCGUCCACGCCGCUGACUUCUCUCUGAGCCUCAUCACUCAACUGGCGGAGGCCACCACGCAUGGAGUUGAGCUCGAACCGUGUGGUGGCACCGCCGGACAUGUCGGAGAUUCAAGGCAAAGCACCGGAUGCGCUCGGCGGUGAUGGGGACUACGAGAGUUUGCCACCUCAUGUGUCCGUGGCAACCCACAUGACAGCAGGCGCCGUGGCUGGAGUGCUGGAGCACACGGUGAUGUACCCGGUGGACUCGGUCAAGACCCGGAUGCAGAGCCUGCAGCCGGACCCCAACGCCCAAUACAGAGGGGUGUACGAAGCGCUGAAAAGAAUCGUCCAAACCGAGGGCUUCUUCCGGCCCCUGAGGGGCCUCAACAUCACCAUGAUGGGAGCAGGUCCAGCCCACGCGCUUUACUUCGCCUGCUAUGAACGAGUGAAGCGUUCCCUGAGUGAUGUCAUGCAGGGUGGAGGCAACAGCCAUGUUGCGAAUGGUCUGGCAGGAAGUGUGGCCACAGUUCUCCAUGAUGCCGUCAUGAAUCCUGCAGAAGUGGUGAAGCAGAGGAUGCAGAUGUACAACUCUCCCUACCAGGGUCUGUGGGACUGUGUUCGGACUGUGACGCGCACGGAGGGCGUGGGGGCCUUCUACCGCAGCUACAGCACCCAGCUGACCAUGAACAUUCCCUUCCAGGCCGUUCACUUCAUCACCUACGAGAUGAUGCAGGAGCGCCUGAACCCGCACAGACACUACCACCCCGGCAGCCACAUCGUGUCGGGCGCGCUGGCUGGGGCGGUGUCGGCCGCCAUCACCACUCCUCUGGACGUCUGUAAAACUCUGCUUAACACGCAGGAGAACGUGGCGCUGCACUCCCUCAACAUCAGCGGGCAUUUAUCAGGAAUGGCCAACGCCUUCCGGACGGUCUACAGGCUGGGCGGCUUGACGGCCUUUUUUAAGGGCGUCCAGGCGCGAGUCAUUUAUCAGAUGCCCUCCACAGCUAUAGCGUGGUCCGUGUACGAGUUCUUCAAGUACUUCCUGACCAAGCAGCAGAAGGAGGAAGAAGCAGGGCCUGGAAGUUGGCAGUGAAGAAGCCAUGUUUUCUGCAAUGUCAAAGGGAAGUCCGCGCGUGACAGCACUCCUGAGCUAGACUGACGUAUGUUCUGGUCAGUUUAGAACUUGCUUCCUCCUCCAUCAACAUUCCACUCCUCUCUGUCGGUGAAUGAUGUUUAUAAUUCUCAAAAUUGGAUUUUUUUUAUUUAUUUGUGUAGCUUCCCGAGGAAUGCUGUUUUUAGGGACGCAGCGGAAACACACUAGCCAGCUUGUGUGUAUUUGCACAGACGGGAUCAUUCCGAUGAAAAGCUGCACACUCCAAGUGCCUCACACACUUCGGCCUAAUUUUUUUUUUUUUUUUUUUUAUUGGCAGAGACGCACAUUUUCAUUGACCUUUUUUCAGCUGGGUGUUCAUGUUCAAAGCAGCUUUACCUUUCACUCCGAACACCUCUCGAAUAUGAAGCUGAGUUGACUGUGAAGGUCCGGCGACACUACAUGGCUGUUGAAUAGCGCACAACAUUGGUGACAAGUUAUCGAGGGCAGCUGGUUUUUAUUCAAACUCACGGCGACGUGGGGAGCCAUUUCUGGAGGGUGGGUGUGUUACAUGGUGCUUUUGGUUUUUUGCACUGCGACCUGUUACAUUCAGACACAGCAGGUUGAGAUUUUAAAGAAAGUAUAUUGAGAGUUAGAAUGUCGAGUCCCCUCACCUUUAAGCAUGUUUGGUCUUCAAAACAGAAGGUCACUUUUUAAUAAACCAAAGAUGAUUAUUGUUCUAUGCAUUUCUUUUUAAUUUGAGCCUGUGUUCAGAACUGAUUUUAAAAGUGGUACUUUUACAUUGAUUUUUAUUGACUACCUAAAUACUUGAGCAAGCGGAAGUACUACUGUUUUACUAGUGUUUUCGCUUCAGUUUUGUUUGAAGAUGUCUUUUUCUAAUUCCUACUUCCAACAAAAGCCAUGGAAGCAUAUGCAAGUCGGACUCCCAAACCUUGGUGGGCGACUGAAACCCUGUACACAAGCAUUUAUUCCUGUUUUAUUUUAAAACUACUAAUGAAAGAGUGGGAACGAUAUCGUUUCCGUGGUCGUGAGUAGGUGAUGUGUUGUAAAUACUUUCUGCUGCAAGCGCACAAAUGAUCGGAAUGGGAGCUGGGAUCUUAUUUUUUUAUUCUGCUGAGAGUGAUGCUUUGAUUAUAGACUGCAAGUCCGGAGUCAUUGUCUGAUGUUGCUGCUACAGUUUGUAACACUGGAGCUUAAAUAAAAUGGUAAAUGAGAAACCUUUGACUCACCGUCUUGAGUCGC